GCUGCGUUGUUUCGCAAUAUUUCAUAAUUUCAUACUUAAAGUACAACUUAAUUGUAUUCAGAGUUUUUAAAGACUUUUUAAACACACUUCUUAAUAAAUAAUACACAUGUAAACCCGAGCGUUCUUAUGUAGCUCCUCCUCUGAGUGGAAGUUGGUUUUCUGCUGUUUCCUUUAGCUCGGUGUUGACGACAGGGAACGGGGGAAUAAAGGUGCUUGUAAACAGCUUCAUACACAAGAAGACAAAGGUGUGCAAGAUAAAGUGAAGGAUCAAAUCAACUUUGAACCAUCAUGUGGAAUGGUUCAAGGUCUGGUCCAAGAGGAGGAAUGCCCUUUCGUGGGGGUCCUCGUGGAGAGAUGUUCGAAGAAAGAAAUGGACUAAUGUCUGGCUUCAGAGGACGAGAUGGAUUGAAUAUGGGAGCAGGGCCUCCGGACAGGUCACCAAUGGACAUGAGAAGGUUUGACCACCCACCAGAUAUGAUGGGACGCUCUAUGGGCCUUCUCGAAAGAGGACGUGACCCCAGAGACCUAUUCGGGCCCAGAGAUAAACCAGACUUAAAUUUUAGAAGAAAUUUUGAUAUGGAACAAAAUGCACCAGGUUUUAUGGGACAUGGAAGGCAUCCAAUGGCCAUGGGUGACCGAGACAUGCAUCCUAGGGACAUGAGGCGGCCUGAAGAUCAACAUAUGGAUAUGAGAGAGAGGGACAGAUAUCCAAUGGAUCGUUUUGACAUGUCACCCAUGGAUAUUAGAAGAAGACUUGCUAUGGAGUCGAUGAAUAGAAAUGACCACAUAAGAGAAAGAGAAAUGUCACAGAAGGGCUUCAAUGACCUUGAUGGAUUUAAUAUGGACAUGCCUUCUCGAGAAAGGUCAGUGAUGGACUUUGAGAGACGAGGCUGUGCUCCUCUCUUGAAUCCCAGAGGAAGGUUUGAGUCUGAUGUGGACUUUAGAAAUCGCAUGGGAUCACCUGGUGAUUUUAGGGAUCGCCCACCUCAGAUGUUUGGUAACAGGGAUGAGACUACUUUGAAUAUCAGGGGAAGGCCCGAUGUGCCUGCAGAUCGCCAAGGUCCAGAAAAAGUAGGAGGGAUGACUCUAAGAGACAGGGAAUUCCCUGAUCAAACAGAGAGCCCAUCAAGAUUGAGAGAUGAUGCUGGUAAACCCCUUUCUGAGGAGUGGAGCAGGCAUAGCAUGCGGGAGCAGGGCGCUCUUUCACCCAUGAUCAACAGACGUUCAUCUUCACCCCAGGAAAUAAAAGAUCGAUUAAUGCCUUUGCUUGGCAGGGAUACUAAGUUUUCAGAUCCACCACAGUUUCAAGACAGAGAGAGGCAGUCUUUGGAGUUUUCAGAUAAGAGUCGGGGCUCCUUUGACUUCUCCCGAUCAGAAAGAGAGGGUCCUGCUGUCCCAAACUGGAAAAAUGUUCCUACUGAUUUUCCAGGCAGAGAUGUACCUCGCUCAAUUCAGAAACAGCCUCUCUUACCAUUGCCCUCUACUGUAAAUACCCCGUCCAGAGGCAGGGAUGGCCUGUCAAACAGGGUGAACAAUUUUUCAGUUGAUCAAGGAACCUUCAAAGGAAAGGAUAAUGCGCUUGAUGAUGUUUCAAAGAAAGGCAAUCUGACGUCAGAGCCUAGAGAUUCUGACAAAGGUGGAAGUCAAGACCAGGACUACAGAGACAUUGAUUAUAGGACCAGCUCUGGGCACAAAUACGAAUACAUCCUUGACAAACUUGAAGAACUAAAAGAACCCAAUUUAUCUCUACUUGAAAGACCAAAUUCUUCUGGUUCUCAGGACCAGGAUUAUAGAAGUGCCGCUAUUCAGGAAAAAAUCUCAAAUACCAUUGUCAUCUCUGGAAUUCCCAAAACUGCUACAAUGCAACAGAUAUUGGAUGCCUUUGCAGUUCGUGAAGGAGUGCCAAUGCAAGGCAUGAAGAUAAGAGAUGUUGUUCCAGGUUACAGCUCUGAUACGGCCUAUGUGGAGUUUUUAAACCUCGAGGAUGCUGUCCACUUCAUGGAGUCCAACCAGGGGGUUGUUAAAGUUGGUAGCAAGACUGCCCAACUGAAGUAUGUUCAGCCUGCCAGAAAUGCAAAAGAAGACCAGGACCUACCACCAAAAGCUGCCCCAUCUACCCAAGAUGGGUUGCUGCCAUGUCCAGACCUGCUCGGUAUCCCAACUGUAAAUGUGGAAGGCAUAAAUAGGCCCCUGACUGAGCCUCACUUACAAGGCGAGUGGCAGAGAAGUUCCACCUUGACUCCUGAAGCUUGGCAGCAACAGGUUGACAAGCAACUUCAGCAACAGCAGCAAACAGAAAAACAGGGAGAGGAAUGGGCCAACUGGAGUGGCAGCCGCCAGAGUCAGCAAUCCUCAGAUACAGCUGUAAACGAGAGCAGAACAAUGAUUAUUAAGAACAUCCUUCCCAACACUACACUGGAGACAAUCCUGAAGGCACUGGAUGCCUUGGCUUAUCUUGAUGAACGCAAUGUCCGUCUUGUUAAAGGAAAGACGCCUGGUUCCAAAUGCUUUUGCUUUGUUGAUAUGGACUCCCACCAGCAAGUGUUAAAAUUGGUUGAGCUGCUUACUGUACCUCGACCAAUUCUGAUUGAUGGGGUCCGAGUAUUUGCAGAGGUGGCAAAGCCUCUAAAGAAUCAGAACUACUGGAAAGACCAUGAUAAGUCAAACACCUCUCUUCUGGGUUACCCACCUGAUGUAAUGGAGCAGCAAAACUACCCUCAGCAGUCUGACUCAACUAUAGGUUUUUCAACUACCAUGCAAGGCAUGUGUCCGUCUUCUGCUGCCGCAGAGUCCUCUCUGGCUUCAGCUGCUUUACAGAGCCCAGCCUCAACCGCAGGUGUGGUGUACUCAGAGACCCCUGCAGUCGUCACUACACAUCAGCCUGCAUCUGUACCCAAUCCUGCUCUUCCUGGCUCCACUGAUGGCUCUGAGGCCUACUACAGUAUGGAUAAUCCAGAUUUAUCUGCCUUCCUGUAUGAUGCUACAUCUGGCUUCUACUAUGAUCCCCAGACCACACUGUACUAUGACCCUAACUCAAGGUACUUCUACAAUGCUGAGACUCAGCAGUACUUGUACUGGGACAGUGUCUCAAAGACCUACGUACCAGUUGAAAAUUCCAGUGCAGAAACUCCGGCACCGAGUGCACCAGUCGAGACUGUGGCUGAGGCCGCACCAGUCGAGGAUCAAAAACUGCUUCCAGCGGAUGUCCCAGAGCAGAGGGAAGAUGAGGACGCCACAUCACGCUCUGACAAAAAAGAGAAGGAGAAAGAAGAAAAGCCCAAGACCCUGGCAGCAUUCAAGAUAAUGAAAGACAUGGAGCGUUGGGCCAAAAUCCAGAAUCGGCAGAAAGAGAGCGUGAGGUCACCAUCUCCUGUUCUCAAAAGUGGAUCAGAUGAAAAGAAAGGCUCCAAGGCUGCAGAUGUAGCCUUUGCAGUCUUUGAGAGAAAGGCCACCGGUGGAGAUGACCUAUUUAAAAAGCCUCUAGCACCACCAAAGAAAGAGGAAAAGGGAUCAAAGAAACCCAUUGGCUCACUGGGUAUGUUAGCGGCUGACUACGGGGCAGGCAGUGAUGAGGAGGAAGAGGAAAAGCACGAGAAACAUGAAGCACCUCAACCAGCAGCUAAAACUCAACCACUGUCUGAGGAGAAAGAUGACAGAUUAACAGACUGGAAGAAAAUGGCCUGUCUGUUGUGCAGGAGACAGUUCCCCAAUAAAGAAACUCUGAUUCGUCAUCAACAGCUCUCAGACCUGCACAAGCAAAAUAUGGAGAUUCACAUUAAGAUCAAACAGUCAAAAAGAGAACUGGAAGCUUUGGAAAACCAGGAAAAGGAGAUGAAUAUAAAGGAAGCCAGCAGUCCAAGUGAAGCAAAAAGACGAAAAAAGGACACACGCGGCAGCGGUUCCAGAGACUCACACAAAGGCAAUGAUAGACCAGGUUUAGGUCUGGAGAAGACUGAGAAGAAAAAGGAUUCAGAGGCCUGGAACUACUCUUCUUAUAAGCAUGCAGUGCGAAAGGCCAUGUUUGCUCGUUUUAAAGAGCUGGAAUGAUUGCUUUAGUGGAAAAUAGUUCCAAACAGAGGCUCACUCUAGGCUUUAUGUGGUGAGCUAACCCAGUUAUCUCAGAAUCACUUUGUGAAUUAACUCAGUGUUAUGGUUGUGUGCCUGUAAUAAUUAUGAAUACAUUUUCUUUAAGUCAGUAAAUAUCUUCAGUUGUCAUGCAUUGCCAUUUUGUAGCUCUGUUGUUUUGGGCUUUUAAAUCCUUUUUUAAUGUUUUCUUAUUUUUUUCUUAUGUGGUGAUUUUUGUAUGCCUAAACGAAGCAUGACUUGUAAUUACAGCGUAUGUAAAAUAAUUACAACUGUACUUCCACAAGUCAUUAAAUUCUCAGUGACUGCCAA